AGCCAUUGCGGCUCCGGCAGGGUGGCGGCGUUGCAGGUGCUGCUCAGCGUCGGCAGGCGCCCACCUGGCCGCCCCCCGCCGCCGGAGGCUGCUGCAUCGGAGCGGCAUGGAGCCCACCGAGGGCGCCGCUGAGUUUUUUGAAGAAGAGAACUACGUCGGCAAGUCCGUCGCGUUGAAGGAGCACGUGGCCACCGACGGAGAUCAGCUCGACCUGCAGGUGGGCGACGUGGUCUACGUCCUGGAGCAGGACUGGGAGAGCGGCUGGUGGGGCGGGCACAAAGAGGGCGAGGAGAACACGGGCUGGUUCCCCGGCACCGCCCUGCGACUGCCCCUGGAGCCCGUGGGUGCCCGCCCGGCGCCGGCGGCCGCGGAAGGCUCCGACGCGGCGCCCGGGGCGGCUGCCGGCGGGGCGCCUCCCGCCGCGGCUGGCUCCAGCGGGCCUCUGGCCCCGGCAGGCGACCACUGCUGGUCGGUGCCCGCUGCCGCCGGCCGGGCGGCCGCCUGCGACGAGGGGUACAUGCGGGACGGCCGCAUGGUGGCCUCGCCGCAGGGGCCCAGGACGCCCGGCGCGGGCGCCCCCGCCCAGGGCGCCGCCGCGGUGGCGCUGGUGCUCGCCGGCCCCGCGGCGGGCCCCGGCGCGCCCGCGGAGGGCCCGCAGGCCGAGGUGGCCCGCCUGCGCGCGGAGGUCGUCGGGUUGCAGGGCGAGCUGCAGCAGCUGAGGAGGCAGUCAUCCGCCGACCAGGGCAGGCUGCGUGAGCUGGAGCAGCUGCUGAGUGACCAGGAGCAGCAGCUGAAGAACCGUGCCUCCGCGCAGACCUCCCUCUCCACCGAGGCGAGCGUGCUGCGCGAAAAGCUCGAGAGCGAGAAGAGGAAGUCCCAGGCCCAGAUCGCGGCCAAUGACCAGAUGCGGCAGCGCUACGAAGAGAAGCUCAGGGAGAAGACGGAGGACAACAGGAGGGACAAGGAGGCGGCCCGGAAGUCGAUCCAGGCGGAGCAGCAGAAGGCCCAGGCCGAGCAGCACCGCGCGGGGGAGCUGGAGCGGCAGCUGGCAGAGGCGCGGGAGGAGGUGGAGCUGCUGAGGCGGGAGCGCCAGGCGGUCAAGGCGGAACCGGACGUCAGCCGCCGCCUCUUCGACGCGCACGCGGACCGCCAGCGCGCCGCCCCCCCGCCGGCCGCGGAGCCGCCCGCCGCCACGCGCGGGCGCGCCCUGCCGAAGCCCGCCGAGCAGCAGGCCCCGCGCCAGUCGCCCCUGCGGCCGCGGCCCUGGCUGGGCCACGCGCGCUCGACCGAGAACCUGGUGACGGAGGAGGGCCCUCGGAGGGGCUGCGUCUUGGAGAAGGUCUCCAUCUUCGAAGAGCGCUGCCGCAGUCAGACGCCCCGCGGGCGCGACCUGGCCGAGUCGCCCGGCGAGGAAUGGCGCCCCGCGAGGCGCACAAGCCCGGCCCCAGCGCCAGGCUGCCCGACCGGGCGGCGUGGCAGUGUGAGGAGCUGCACUGCCCGCCCGGAGACGAUGCGGGCGAGGCGCAGCUUUUCAUGGGCAUGUCCCCCAUCCACAGGUCAGCCGUUGCGGCACCCGCGGUGCCGCCUCUGGUGCAGCUGCCAACGGGGGCGAUGGCGGUACCGGCCACGUGGUGGGAUCCUGGCGCGUGCGGCGACGAGGUUUCUCCGUCCGGAUAUUCUCCUCAGGCUCGCGAGCAUGCAGAGUGCUCUGUGUCACGCACGUCCGCCAUCGCCGACAUCUCGGUGUCGGAGCAGGUCCAGAAGCUCCAGGGCAUCUCCAGCAGGUGAGGCCACGGGGCUGCCACCUGCGUCAUCCCAGGGAGGCGGAGUCAGCAUUCGACGUGGAGAACGCCGGCCUGCUGUCGGCCUUCGGAUGUUUCCAGCAAGAACCUUGCACGACAGGCGUGGAGGCCGACAGUUACAGCGAUUUCAUGCUAUAUGCCAUGCUGGCAGGAGGAUGUGUAGGUUUGCUACGCCGCGCCUGCACAUAGACUGCGCAAAUGCUGUGACGCAUCGCACUCCUGCGAUAGAUGGUACAGACGUUGUGCUCGCUAUGUCGGAUCCUGUGCCGAGGAGGAAGAGGAUGUAUAUUUAAUUCACUGUAGGGGGGCGCCAGCCUUGUGACAGCCAUAUAGCGGCAUGCUGGAUUGACCCCCGCCAGAUCGUAUGUGCACCGCUCACCGAUCAAUUACGGUAUGUUCAUUCUUGUCGUUCUUUCUUCGGCCCCGCGGCCAAAUUAGUCAUGCCGAAUUCCACGUGUGUUGCCGAGGCGAAAGAAAC